GGUUCCGGAAAAAGGCUUUCACUAGAGGAUUCAAGAGAGGUCGGGUGCACGGCGAAGGUCCGAAUGUCAUGUCGUAUGUGGCAAAGUCGAGAGAAGUGGCGCAGUGGUUGGUGGCUAAGGCGGAUGAUGUGGUGGUCAUUAGAGGAGUAGAAUAUCAUAUGUUGUUUAAACCUUGGAUGACCAGGACCGAAUUGGAAGAACAGCGCCGAAGAGAGGAUAAUACCAAAUUUUGGGUUACGGCGUUGAGAAUUCCGCUGAGAGCCAUGGUUCAUGUAGAAGAUCUGGUCGCGCAAUCGAUGGGAGAAAUCAUCCAUUGCCAUCCACUGGAACCAGACCCAUCGAGACCAAGACUCAUGAAUUUGAAGUUCGACCUGGCGAUGGAGGCGGAAGAACGCUUUGAACCGACACUCCCGAUUAGAGUGGACAAUGGGGAGACAUACGAGGUCCAAUUUGUAUGCAAAAACACUCCAUGGUGCAAGAGGUGUCGAUGGUGGUUUCACACAGAAACUGAAGGAUGUGCAAGAGCAGAAGAACAGGAGUUCGGAGAAGAGGAAGCAUCCAGUGCCAGAAAUCGCUGUCCACAGCAGGGAACUAUCAUCUACGAAAGGGAAAUAAGGAGCACAUCAAGGGAUCAAGGCCAAGAUGCUGUGAGAAACCAGGUUCAAGGCGGCUCACAAAGAGGAGAAUCCAGCAGAGCAGCAGACCGGCCCAUACAACAGGGCAUCAUACUUCAGCACCCACAAGCUGAAGGAAGUCGAGCAAUGGGAGGAAGAGAACAAGCGGUGGGAUCGGGUACACUCCAACAAAACUCAAGGAACCAAGUGAUAAUUGGGCAAACAAAUCAGCUGUGGGGCACGGGUACUCACCCAGGGGGGUGGAAUUCCAUCGCGGCAGCAGGAGAUCUCUACUUAUCGGUUAUUCAACAAAAUCGGAGCUGGCAAUGCCUGCAAGGGAGGGUUUCGUCUUAUGGCAGAUGGACGAGUGCAGGACUACCAGGAUACCAAUUUCCGCAAUUGGGUUACACGGGUGGAGUACAUGCAAAGUACUGGAUGAGGGGGAGGGCUCCACAGAGAGCAACAGUGGGAGGACAAGACAGAUUUAUAUCGUUUACAGGAGUGGAGGAACGAGAGGUUGUCGUGGACGAUUCUCUGGGGCAGCACCAGGGAGGGCCCCAGGUGAAGGCCCAAGUGGUGGUAGAACACACGGCCAGCUCCUCACAAGGUCAGGGAGCUGCCUCACACACAGAGAGACAAUCCACCGGGGAGGGAAGAUGCAUAAUCCUAAAUGGGGUUCCCGGAGAACAGCCGUUUCAGGAAAAGUUCUUACUCCCUCUAGUGUGCACGCUGCUGGGCCAGGAGGCGUUUGUCUUAGGAUUAAUCAAUCACAGUGGGAAAACAGUGCUGCCAUCGACCCCGUUCUGUGGGACACCAUCGCCGGAGAUGAUCGAAGGGAGAGUAAGACAGAUGUAUGCGGACCGCUUCUGCUUCAGGCUAUUUCCGGAGGAUAUUAUGCUGAAAGUCACCAUCAACACCCUCGAGGGAAGGAAGAUCAAGUUCUAUAUCCCGCUGGUUGAUGCCCACGUACCACCGCGCGACAACGUUCGGACUUCACGAGGAGGAGGAGGUAGAGAAGGAGGAGGAGGAGGAGGAGGAGGAGGAGGAGGAGGAGGAGGAGGAGGAAAAGAAGAAGAAGAAGAAGAAGAAGAAGAAGAAGAAGAAGAAGAAGAAGAAGAUAUGAUGAAGAAGAAGAAGAAGAAGAAGAAGAAAAAGAAGAUUAACAAAAAAAACGAAAAAAAAAGGUCGCGUGUGCUGACGUGGCAGCCGCGCGACGACGAUCGGACUCCAGGAGGAGGAGGAGAUGGAGGAGGUGGACGAGGAGGAGGAGGAGGAGGAGGAAAAGAAGAAGAAGAAGAAGAAGAAGAAGAAGAAGAAGAAGAAGAAGAAGAAGAAAAAGAUAUGACGAAGAGGAACAAGAAGAAGAAAAAGAAGAAGAUUAACAAAAAAAACGGAAAAAAAAAGGUUGCGCGAGGAGAAGAAGAGGAGGAGGAGGAGGGAGAAGAAGGGGAGAAGAAGAAGAAGAUGACGAAGAAGACAGGGGAGGAGGAGGAGGAGGAGGAGGAAGAAGAAAAUGACGAAGAAGAGGGAAGAGAAGAAGAGGAGGAGGAGGAGGAAGAAGAAGAAGAAGAAGAUGACGAAGAAGAGGGAGGAGAAGAAGAAGAGGACGAGGAGGAGGGGGAGGAGGAGGAGGAGGAGGAGGAGGAGKAAGAAGAAGAAGAAGAAGAAGAAGAAGAAGAAGAAGAAGAAGAACGCAAGCCGAUGGCUAAGAGAGGAGGAGGACUAGAAGAGGAGGAGGAGGAGGUAGAAGAAGAAGAAGAAGAAGAAGCGGAGGACGGCUAUGGCUAAAGGGCGAGAAGAGUGACCACGGAGAAGAAGAAGAAGAAGAAGAAGAAGAAGAAGAAGAAGAAGAAGAAGAAACAAACCUGGGGGAGUGAU